GCCACCAUCAGUGAAAGACAAAGACAGAGUUUAUUGAAGGACAGUGAGAAGAUGAGUGAUCCAGAACCCUGCAGAAUCAAACAGGAAGAGACUGAAGAACUAAUAGAUGUGGUAGUGAAGGAGGAGAUUGAGGCACUGAGUGAAGACGAGGAGAAACAUCAUGUCAAAAGUGAAACUGAAACUCACUCAAAUACAGAACAUAGUUUUAUAAUGAAUCAAACAGCUGGAAAAGGUUGCACCUGCACGCCGUGUGGAAAGACUUUCAGCCGCAAAUACGAUCUCAAGCGUCACAUGAGGAUCCACACUGGAGAGGAACCUUACAAGUGUUCCCGCUGCGACCAAAUAUUCAGUAAGUCUGGACAACUGAGAGCACACAAGAAGAUUCACAAUGGGGAGAAACCGUUUCACUGCAUUGCUUGUGGGAGGAGUUUCACAUAUUUGUCUUCUCUGCGUUUACACACCAAAAAUUAUCAUGACCUGAGUGAAGACAUGAAGAUCUACUUUAAUGUUCAUUCAAAGACGAAGCCUUUUUUAUGCUCUUUGUGUGGAAAGAGUUUCAAUCGCCCGCACUGUUUAAGAAAACAUCAGAUGACACACACUGGAGAGAAACCGUACAAGUGUUCACACUGCGACAAGAGAUUCAGUCAGUCAGGAAACCUGAAAACACAUGAGAGUUUUCACACUGGAGUGAAACCGUACACAUGCACUCAGUGUGGGAAGAGUUUCACACACUCAUCAGAUUUUAAUCGACACAUGAUGAUCCACACCGGGGAGAAGCCACACGAAUGUGAUCAGUGCGAUAAAGCAUUUUUGAGGGCCUCAGACCUGAGGAUCCAUCGUAGAGUUCAUACAAAGGAGAAGCCGUAUUCAUGCUCUGAGUGUGGAAAGAGAUUUACAUGGCAGUCAAGUUUAAGGAAACAUGAGAAGAUCCACACUGGUGUGAGAGAGUUUGAGUGCUUUGAGUGUGAGAAGAGUUUUAUUACAGCUGGAGAAUUGAAACGGCACCAGAGGAUUCACACCGGAGAGAAACCGUACACAUGUACUGAGUGUGGGAAGAAGUUCACAAAAUUAUCAUAUCUUUUUAACCACAUGAAGAUCCACUCUGGAGAGAAACCUCACAAGUGUUCACACUGCGACAAGGCCUUCGUUCAGUUACAAAGCCUGAAAGCACAUGAGAGGAUUCACACUGAAGAGAAAAGUUUUAUAUGCUCUCUGUGUGGGAAGAGUUUCAGUCGUCAAAACGUUUUAAAAAUCCAUCAGAGGAUCCACACUGGAGAGAAACCGUACAAGUGUUUACACUGCGGCAAAUCAUUCAAUCAGCUACAACCCCUGAAAGCACAUGAGAGGAUUCACACUGGAGAGAAACCGUACACAUGUACUCAGUGCGGGAAGAGUUUCAGACAAUCAUCAAACCUUUAUCAGCACAUGCUGACUCACACUGGAGAGAAAACACACAGAUGUGAUCAAUGCGGGAAAGCAUUUAUAAGGCCCUCAGCGCUGAGGAUCCAUCUUGGAGUUCAUACAAAGGAGAAACCGUAUUCAUGUUCUGAGUGUGGAAAGAGCUAUACAGUGCAGUCGCAUCUCAGAGUACAUCAGAAGAUCCACACUGGUGUCAGAGAGUUUGUGUGCUUUGAGUGUGGGAAGAGUUUUAUUAGAUCAGGAGGUUUGAAACAGCAUCAGAGGAUCCACACUGGGGAGAAACCUUACAAGUGUUCACACUGCGACAAGAGUUUCAGUCUUCUACAAAAACUGAAAAUACACCAGAGUAUUCACACUGAAGAGAAACCUUACAAGUGUUCACACUGCAACAAGACGUUCAGUCUUCUACAAAAACUGAAAAUACACCAGUGGACUCACACCGGAGAGAAACCAUACACAUGUACUCAGUGUGGGAGGAGCUUCACAAAAUUAUCAUAUGUUAAUAAACACAUGAAGAUCCACACUGGAGUUUAGCCCUACAAGUGA